AGGAAGGAAAGAAAGAUGCCUCUGCCUUUCAUUCCCUUCCUAAAAUACGGAGCAGAGCUGGCCGUAAAAGGCAGGGGAGGUGAGUCAGCUCGCAUCGCGUGCCGUCUCGGCGUCCCCUCCUCCUCGCUCGCUCGCGCCAUCCUUCCUAUCCUAGUAUAAAUAAAAGGCAGCCGCGGCCGCUCCGGCCGGCGCUCGUCCCGGAUUUCCAUGCCCGCGAGCUGUUGACCUCGCUGCCCGCCAGCGCCAACGACGACGACGACUCCGGCCCACUUGUUUGCCCUCCGCACAUCCCGUGCGCCGAGGCCCCGACCGCACGGUCAUCCACGCGCCCAAAACUAGUCGGCCCGGCGCAGAACCAGCGAUCCCUGUCGAGCCGCUGUCCGUGUCCGCUUCUUCACUCACUGGUAACCGCCUGCGAACAGCCAGCCAUGGCCGUCGCGAGGCUGGUGGCGGCGGCUCCAUUCCCUGUGGCCGCGUCGCGCGUCCGGGCGGCCCGUCCGGCCGCGUCCCGCGCGGCGCCGCGGCUGGCGUUCGCGCCCCUCGCGGUGCGCGCGGCGGCCCGAUGCGCCGUGCCCGCGCGCGCGCGCGUGGUGGCGGACGACGACGAGGCCGCCGUCGGCGGCACCGGCGGCGAGGAGGAGGCGGACGCCGGCGAAGCGGACACGGAGGCGGAGGCCGCGCGGCUGGCGGUGGCGGCGCGCGCGGCGCGGAAGCAGUCGGAGCGGCGGACGUACCUGGUGGCGGCGGUGAUGUCCAGCCUCGGGAUCACGUCCAUGGCCGCCGCUGCCGUCUAUUACCGCUUCGCCUGGCAAAUGGAGGGAGGCGAGAUCCCGGUGACGGAGAUGGUGGGCACCUUCGCGCUUUCGGUGGGCGCCGCGGUCGGGAUGGAGUUCUGGGCGCGGUGGGCGCACCGUGCGCUGUGGCACGCCUCGCUGUGGGACAUGCACGAGUCCCACCACCGGCCGCGCGACGGGCCCUUCGAGCUCAACGACGUCUUCGCCAUCGUCAACGCCGUGCCGGCCAUGUCCCUCCUGGCCUACGGCUUCUUCAACCGGGGCCUCGUCCCUGGUCUCUGCUUCGGCGCGGGGCUGGGGAUCACGCUGUUCGGGAUGGCGUACAUGUUCGUGCACGACGGCCUCGUCCACCGCCGCUUCCCCGUGGGGCCCAUCGAGAACGUGCCCUACUUCCGCCGUGUCGCCGCCGCCCAUCAGAUACACCACAUGGACAAGUUCCAGGGCGUGCCCUACGGCCUCUUCCUCGGCCCCAAGGAGCUGAAGGAGGUGGGAGGGACUGAGGAGCUGGAGAAGGAGAUCAAGAAGAGGAUCAAGAGGAAAGGGACCUUAGAUGCCAUCCAAUAAGACCUGCUUUGCUACAUACCUGAAGAAGCAGCGCAUUUCGCUGUUUUUUUGCAUCUUCGGCUUUCACAUUAGAUCUUUCGCAUCUCCUAGUGCUUCGAUGUAGCCCUUAUAUAUACCACUAGUGUGUGUAUUGUCUCCUUUCUGUCAAUAGAAGAGCAGAGGAAUAACCUAGUUACAGGUGGCAGCUCAUGCAUGAUUCUUCUUGAUUGGGACGGGACGGUGGAGCCGUGGAGCACACUGCUGCUCUGCUGCUGGGGGUUUCAGGCUUACCACUGCUGAUCGUGUAGUGUCCUCUGUAUGGAUUGUACAGCAGCGAUGUCCGGCCGCUGACAGUGGCCCUCCUUUUUCGUGUCUUGUUAAAACAACAGUGGCAUUACGU